CGUCCAUCCGUUUCCUCCCCACUCCCCACCCCUUCUUCCACCCCCUCCCUCCUGCCCGCCCUUUUCAUGCGCAAGGGGCCGUGGGGACCACCACCUUCCGCGCGCCUCUCGCUGCUGCUGCUGCUCCUCCUCCUCCUCCUCCUGCUCGCGGGGCGGCCGGCCUCCUGUUCCUGCUGCUGCCGGGGGGAACGCGCGGAGGAGGUGGCGGCACCACGCAUGGGGCUCGACGGGGACGGGCCGCCGGACGCCGCCGCCGGCGGCCACAUCAGUAAUAGUGCAAAUGGCCGCUUCACUUAUGGAGUUGCAAGUUCUCCUGGGAAAAGAGCAUCGAUGGAGGACUUUUCUGAGGCAAGGAUAGAUGACGUUGACGGAGAAAAAGUUGGAAUGUUCGGCGUAUAUGAUGGUCAUGGUGGAGUGAGAGCAGCUGAAUAUGUCAAGCAGCAUCUUUUCAGCAAUUUAAUUAAACACCCAAAGUUCAUCACUGAUACCAAGGCUGCUAUUGCCGAAACUUACAAUCACACAGAUUCAGAAUUUUUGAAAGCUGAUAGUAGUCAGACUCGAGAUGCUGGCUCAACUGCCUCGACAGCUAUUAUAGUAGGUGAUCGUUUGCUUGUUGCAAAUGUUGGAGAUUCUAGAGCUGUUAUUUGUAAAGGAGGACAGGCGAUUGCUGUUUCAAGGGAUCACAAACCUGAUCAGUCAGAUGAGAGACAAAGAAUUGAGGAUGCUGGGGGCUUUGUUAUGUGGGCUGGGACAUGGCGUGUGGGUGGCGUUCUUGCCGUCUCUCGAGCAUUUGGUGAUAAGCUCUUGAAGCAGUAUGUUGUUGCUGACCCGGAAAUCAAGGAGGAGGUGGUCGACAGCUCCCUUGAAUUCCUCAUCCUUGCUAGUGAUGGACUCUGGGAUGUUGUCACUAAUGAGGAAGCUGUUGCCAUGGUCAAGCCCAUUCAGGACCCCCAGGAAGCAGCAGACAAGCUUCUCCAGGAAGCUUCCAAAAGGGGAAGCUCCGAUAACAUCACAGUUGUCAUUGUCCGCUUCCUAGAGGGAACGACCCCUGGCGAUAAAUCCGAAGAGAAAGAGAAAGAGACUGCCAAUGACCAAAACUCCUCCUAGCUGCUCAUGUAGAAUCAUGCGUGCGUUCCUGUGGCUGUUGUAUCUGAUGCUUGAAGUAGAUGCGGCGCGUGUGCCCGUGCAGCUGUCCCACGCAGCUGUUCCGCAAGGAAACUGACUCGCCCCAACCGUCAUGCUGCUGCUGCUCAUGCUCUUGACUCUGGCCUAGGGGCUCCUGACUCUGGUCUGGGUGGGGCAUUGCUGGAGCAGAAACGACGAUAGGGCUGGUGUUGCUACUGUACGAUCCAACUUGAACUUUUCCUCUUUUUUUCAUUAAGCUUUGUAAUGUAGCUUUUCUGUGAUGUUGAUUCAUGAAUCGUAUUAGAGGUUUUCUUCGCAGCAAGUGCAUGUAAAACUGCCGGACGAUUUGAACCAAGUUGUACACUGCAGUAUGUAACAGUUAAUUCCCCCUACAUUUGCUCUGGUUGCCUUCUGA